ACAAAGACGUAGGAAGACUCGUUUGUAGUUCGUAAGGAAAUUGAGCACUUCAGCUCAGCUCCUUGAGAAGUCGGCGCGAGCACUUCUGGUUAGAAACGGUUUAUCAACAACACUAAGUAUUAAGGGUGAUAGAAUCAAUGCAGUGCUCAUAGACGGUGAUAUUUUGGUAAUUUUCAUUGAAAGAAAAGAAAAAGCAUUCAUUGUUUUGCAGACGGAAUCACGUGGAAAACAAUGGCAUAUGUGCUACACAGAAAAUCGCUCUUCUUCCUGCUGCUCAUCUUCAUUCUUUGCCCCAUCUUCCAGUGCAGACGGAUUCCUUGGUGGCACAUCAAAAUGGCACAAAGACAAGGGCCUAACACGUGUGCAGUGGAAGAAGUCCCAGGAAGUAACAAGAAGUAUUGGACGGAGUGCAAGUAUUGGAUGAACAGAGAAAUAUGUGGUGUAAAAACAGUGAUACGUUAUGAAUGCUGUGAAGGAUUUCACCAAAUUAAACACAAACCGGGAUGUAUCGGAGUUACAGGCAAUGGAUUCCACCGAAAAAACAAAUUUCUGGAGAGUCUCCAACAGCCCGAAUCUCCUUACCUUCUUUACCACAUGGCGGGAAGAAAACUCCACACUAGUGACUUUGGAGCAAAUUUGGAGGUCGAAAGCCUAUUCGACGGACAAAAACUUCGUAUCAAUCGAUACUCCAAUGGGAUGUUGACCGUGAACUGUGGCCCUGUGGUUAGAAAGGAUCAAGAAGCUAAGAAUGGUAUAGUCCACCUGAUUGAUCAAGUUCUUGUUCCUCCUGGACGAACGGGAAUACCAACCAUUCCGGAAAUUCUCGAGAAAGACGAGAGGUUUCGAAGUUUGGCCCAAACGUUAUUUCGGUCUAAUCUUGCCAGCGAACUCAGUUACGGAGGUCCCUAUACUCUGUUAGCGCCCUCUGACGAAUCUUUCCAAAAACUUCCAUCCGCUGAAAGAGCCCGAAUGACGAACGAUCCGGAGGCUAGGCUUGCACGAAGUGUCUUGGAUCUGGCACAUAGGUCGAACAAUCUUAAGACUUUCUCUACGCUAGCGCGCUCCGCCAACUUGGAACAGGAAUUAGUGAGGCCUAACAUUACCAUCACGGUGUUCGCUCCAUCUGAUAACGCUUUUGAGGCACUGCCCGAAGAGCGACGAUAUUGGCUUAAGGAAAACACUGACGAAGCUCGGAAGGUAUUACAGUAUCACAUUGUCCAAGGACGAGUUAAAACGGACACCUUCUCGGACAAUCAGAGGUUGGAGACGAUAGGAGGAAAUCAGCUUAGGUUAAAGGUCUACAGAAAGGCUGUGGGGGUAGAAUCCGCUAUGGUUACGGAAGGUGACAAAGAAGGCCAGAAUGGCGUUAUACACGUCAUUAACAAGGUCCUCACGCCCCCUCAAAGUAGCACCCUGGAAAUGUUGGAAAACAAUUCUAAUUUCAGCAUGUUCACUGACGCUAUCCGAAGAGUCCGAAAAGUUGAACCCCAGUUUUUGUCCAGUAGGACACCUUCCUACAUUUCAUUUACAGUAUUCGCUCCUACAAACCAGGCCUUCAAACGGAUGAGACACAAAGACAUGAAAUCUGUGAUGAAAGACGAGAAAUCUCUUAAAAAGUUUGUACAGAACCAUAUUGUGGACGAUAUGAUUUCAUCCCACUCUUUUCGCCCAAAGCUCACCUAUGACGUCCGUACGGAAUAUGACAUGGUCAAGGUUCAUAAAAAGAGAGGUCACUUGAUGGUCAACAGUGCCCAUAUUGUCGAACCAGACCUACUAACUAAAGAUGGAAUUGUUCAUUGUAUAGACAAGGUUUUAAUGCCAAGAAAACAUCGUCACAUGAACAAACUACAACAGAGGCAACAAAACUCUUCUCUGCUAUGAACGCCUUUAAACCUAUUUUCAUUUCCUCCUGUAGAGACAGCGCAUGCGCAGAAAGUUCACUGUGUAGCUUUGCGCUAAACAAAUAAAUCCCUUUCUUUAGUUUUUCUAAAAAAGAUCCCUAUAGUAAAAAAAUAAGUACCAAGAAUAUUUUUCAUUCUGUUGAAUGUUAAUAAAAUUAGUUUUUAAUGAAAAUGAUGUCAAGUUUUGAAAUACUUGUAAAUAUUUUAAAGCUGAGUAUGAACAAAUAAUAAAUAGUAUGUGAUCAUGCAAGUUCCAGCACAAACAGUUAUUCAAUAUAUCUUGUAUUAAAUGAGACUUAAUA